CAAUCAAACUCUGAGCUUGUUUUAUUUUGAAAAGGCCAUGUAGUACACAAUGCGACACCGGAAGUUCCGCAUUACGGCAGCUAGUGAAGUGAUGCCAUAACAGGCAAGCGGCUAACGCUAAUGUUUGCUAAGUAAUUAGCAUCGUAGGUUUUUUGUUGUGUGCAAUUGUUCCAGUCUGAGCCAUGGAACAGUGUCUCUGUGUGGAGCGGGAACUGGAGAAGGUGCUGCAUCGCUUCGUGACAUACGGCCACCAGUCUGAGGAGAGGCUAGAUGAACUACUGCGCAGCGUCUGUGACAUACGAGCUCAACUAGUUGCUUUUGGAGUUCAAGAUGCAGACCUAUCAGUCCUAUCCCAGACUAUGGCCCAGUGUUGUAAAAAUAUCAAGGAAACGGUGCAGAUGCUAGCCUCUCGACAUAAAGACAUCCAUGGCAGUGUGUCGAAAGUUGGCAAAGCCAUCGACAGGAAUUUUGAUGCAGAAAUCAGUGCAGUGGUGGCAGAAACAGUGUGGGACACCCCAGAAAGACAGAAAUACCUGAGCGAGACCAUUGUGGAGCAUCUGUACAGACAAGGCAUGCUCAGCGUUGCAGAGGACCUUUGUCAGGAGUCUGGUGUAGUUAUUGACAUGAGUAUGAAGCAACCUUUUCUGGAACUAAACAGGAUCCUUGAAGCUCUGCGAAUGCAGGACCUCAGGCCAGCAUUAGAAUGGGCCGUUACAAAUCGCCAGCGCCUUCUGGACCUCAACAGCAGUUUAGAGUUCAAGUUGCACCGCUUGUACUUCAUAAGUCUGCUCAGUGGAGGAAUCGGUAACCAAAUGCAGGCUCUGCAGUAUGCCAGACACUUCCAACCCUUUGCUUCUCAGCACCAGAGAGAUAUCCAGAUCUUGAUGGGUAGUUUGGUUUAUUUGCGUCAUGGUAUCGAGAACUCACCGUAUCGCAGUUUGCUUGAGACAAAUCAGUGGGCCGAGAUCUGCAACAUCUUUACCAGAGAUGCCUGCGCUUUACUGGGCCUCUCUGUAGAGUCUCCCCUAAGUGUUAGUUUUGCAUCAGGGUGCAUGGCCUUGCCAGUGUUGAUGAACAUCAAACAGGUGAUUGAGCAGCGACAGUGCAGUGGAGUCUGGACCCACAAAGACGAGCUGCCGAUUGAAAUCGACUUGGGGAAGAAAUGCUGGUACCACUCUGUGUUCGCCUGCCCGAUUCUUCGACAGCAGACCUCGGAAAGCAACCCGCCCAUGAAGCUCAUCUGUGGCCACGUCAUCUCCAGAGAUGCCCUCAACAAACUCACCAAUGCGGGGAAGUUGAAAUGCCCGUACUGUCCCAUGGAGCAGAAUCCGUCACACGCCAAGCAGAUUUACUUUUGAUACCACGGACUUACCAUAAGGGAAGAAGUGACCUGGAGCUCUAUGCAUUUCCAGGAGUCUUUGCUCUGGCCCUGUCCUCUGCCCCUCAUCUCCUGGCCUGACCUUGUAAACAUUAAGUGCUCCUCUGGACAGCUUUGGACCCCUCCAACUUUGUGUAAUUUACAGCAUGGAUGGUCCUGCAGCAGCCUGCAGUAGAGUGGAGAGUCUGGGGGAAUGUCUUUACAAAGAAGCACCUCUUAAAAAAAAAAUGAAAUGAAUUUGCAAAGGCCUGCAGAGUUAUAAUCUUAUAUUUCAAGUAUGUAACACUUUCUGGUGUUUGUUCCUCAGCUUUAUUCAGCUAGUUUUUUUUUCUUUUAUUAUUUUAGUUUCUUUUCUCGGCAGAAAAAAGCUGAGUGGUUAUGUUGUGAGUGGAGAUGGAUUUUUCAGAUACUGUUUUCAGAGUGGUAGUUAAUUUAAGUUUUACCCAGGAAAACCUGCUGAGAAUCAUUCAAGGGUUUCUGUUUGAGGGGAAUGGAGGUGUUUCUUGAACUGAACUUUAGAUUGUAAUCCUUAAUUUUUUUUAAAUAAAGACCUCCCGUAGCUUGAGUCUCUUUCAGCUGAUGCGUCUGUCAGAUCAGCAGAACAAACGCCACGUGUGGUGGAACAGCUUUUUACUUUUCUUUCUCUGUGAUUGACUGCACCAGCAACCCCUCCCUCUCCAUUAUAAAAGCCAUUUGUCUAGUUCUAUGUAUGUACUUGAGAAAAGUGACAAAAACAUAUAUACUGCUGUGAAAUGUGUUCCGUUCUCCAUCGCACCCACCUGCGUAUAAAAUUGUAAAAUUCUGCACCGACAUGCGUAACCAACACUAGUCUGAGAAACGAGGACUCAAGAGGUCGCGUUACUUGUGAAGUUGCUUCAGUCCGUGUAUGCUAAGCUAGCACGCCGUGUGAUUUGGAGAUGUAAACCGGUGUGGUGGCCGCCUUACUAUAUGAGUUGCGGUGACUUUGGGCUUGUGACAAAGCUUUACUUGUGUAUGGGAAAAGUCUAAUGGUCAUUGUUGCUGUCGUUUCAUAUAUACUUAAAAAAAAUGCCUCUGCUGUAUAAGCUUUGAUUUUAUUUGAGUAAAAUCCAGACAUUUCCUCAGGGUACAGGUCAGCGGUUAACUAUUAAAGCUGUACGUUGCUAGGAGAACUAAAAGCAGCUCAUUUGUUGCAGCACCCUCUUAUGUGAAGGAACACUUCAGCAUGUGUAGUCAGGUUUUCUACUGAAGGUCUCCUUUGGAAAUGUUGAUGUCACCUCACGUUCCGCUGAGGCAGUUUUCUUCAACAAGGCCCCGCACCAGCAUAGCUCACCCCGAUGAUGCAAUGUUACAGUUUUCAGUGAAUUGAGCCUUUCGAUUGGUUUUAAAGGAAAUAAAUAAAUAAAUGACCUGUUUUUGUUUGCUA